GGUAAUUGUCCCCAAACAACCGUAACGUUAAAUUGAGAAAUUUGGAGCAAAUCGGUAAGCUCUGACGGCAGCUUAUAGCGGUCGUUGACGCAGAGAAAUAAUCUGUUUGGGUUUGGCUUUCCAACAUUCAUUCCUUCUUUUCUCGGCAAAAUCCUCACACUGAUCGCCGCUCAGCAAUUGGACUUUCCCUCCGAUUUCAGCAUUCCGGCGACGGCGAGCCAUGGCUACCGGCGGGAACGGUGACACCUCCAAACAGGAGCUCAUCCACCUUAUCAAACGCUUCGGAGCUUAUGUCACUUUCAAGAUCUCCAAUUUUUUCCCUGUCUCUCUCCAGAACCUCGAUAUACGCUCUUUUGGGGCAGUUGCUGGUCUUGCUGUUGCAAUUGUUUUCACAUGGAGGCUGUUGAGAUCUCCUUCUGGGACUCAACGGAGGCAACAAAAACGGCAAGGUGCUUCAUCUAGCAAUCCUGGAGUCGCUACACAUUCUAAUUUGUCGGCGGUUCCUUCAAAUGCUUGUUCACCCUCAGAUGAUUCAAGGGCACAAAAUGUUGUUGACGAGUUCUUCCAGCCAGACAAGCCAACCUUGGGGCAGAUUGUUAGACAGAAGUUGAGUGAAGGAAGAAAGGUAACUUGUCGUCUUCUUGGAGUGAUCCUCGAGGAAAGUAGUCCAGAGGAACUGCAGAAACAAGUCACUGUGAAAUCCUCUGUGCUAGAAGUAUUAUUGGAAAUAACAAAAUUUUGCGAUUUAUAUCUCAUGGAACGAGUUCUGGAUGACGAAAGUGAGAAAAGAGUUCUUGUAGCAUUGGAAGAAGCAGGGAUAUUCACUUCAGGUGGUUUGGUCAAGGACAAGGUUUUGUUCUGCAGCACAGAGAAUGGACGGUCAUCAUUUGUUAGGCAAUUGGAACCUGACUGGCAUAUUGAUUCAAAUCCUGAAAUUGUCUCUCAAUUAGCUAGGUUUAUCAAGUAUCAACUUCAUGUAUCUCCUUAUAAAGCCGAAAGAACUGCUGCAAAUGUGUUCAGUGCUCCAUCUCUGGAACAGUUCUUUGGAUCCAUAUGACUCUAAAACCACUAAAGAUCAAAUGUUAUUCAUAAAUGUUUCCUAGUUUGUCCCUCCAUGCAUCUUGGUUUUCACAUUUACCUCAAGUUCUUUUUUUCAGUUUUUUCUAGAUGUAUGAGAACAAAGUUAGUUUUUUUUAUUGAAGAUUUAAGGUUCUCGCUCUAGUUAGGUGAAAGACUUUAUGAAGAUGCUUUCGAGAAGUUUAAUAUUUUUUCUCUUUGGUUUGAAAUUUGUGCCUUACAUUGUAUACCAUCCAGAUAUUUUAAACCGGCAAGGCGGCAAGUUUUACUGGA